AUGGCGCGGGGCCGGGGGCGGCGGCGCUGGGGGCGCUGCGCGCUGGUGGCCGCCGCCGCGUGGACCGCGGGCUGGGUGCUGGCGGCCGCGCUGCUCCUGCGGGCGCACCCGGGCGUCCUCUCCGAGCGCUGCACCGACGCGAAGAGCCGGCGCAUCCUGGCCGCGCUGUGCCGGGACUACCGAGGCGGCACGCUCGUGGGCGACCUGUGCGAGGACCUGUGCGAGGCCGGGCAGCUGGUGUACCGGCGCUGCCUCUACCACGAGAGGGGCAAGAAGGUGCUGCAGGCCGACUGGCGGGGCCGGCCCGUCAUCCUCAAGUCCAAGGAGGAGGCCUUCUCCAGCUUCCAGCCCCUCGGCCUGCCGGAGGAGGAGGAGGCGGGGGACGACAGCCAGGGCCUGCUGGAGGCCGAGCUCCUGCUGCUGGUGGCCGGUGAGGUCAAGAGCGCGCUGGGGCUGGAGCUCUCCGCCGGCAGCCUGGGGCCGCUGGGGCUGGGGCGCCGGGGCCCGCGCUGGAGGGGCCGGCUGGCCAGCCUGUGGGCACUGCUGCAGCAGGAGGAGUUCGUCCACCUGAGCCUGCUGCAGGACCUGAGCCGGCACGUGCUGCCCGUGCUGGGCUCCUGCGGCCACUUCUACGCCGUGGAGUACCUGGCCGCGGGCAGCCCCCGCCACCGGACCCUCUUCCCCCUGGAGGGGGCCGCGGGUGCUGCCCGGGGAGGCCGGGGGCAGGCCAGGGCUGUCAGCAGCAUUGCCCUCAGCUUCCUGGACAUGGUGAAGCACUUUGAAGACGACUUCUCUCAGCGUCUGCAUCUGUGUGACGUCAAGCCCGAAAACUUUGCCAUCAGGAAGGACUUCACGGUGGUGGCUAUCGAUGUGGACAUGGCCUUUUUUGAACCUAAAAUGAGGGAGAUUCUUGAGCAAAACUGCACGGGAGAUGAAGACUGCAAUUUCUUUGACUGCUUUUCAAGGUGUGAUCUGCAAGUCAACAGGUGUGGGGCACAGCGUGUCAACAGCAACCUGCAGGUCAUCUGUGACAAAAUAUUCCGCCACUGGUUUCCCUCCCCCCUCCAGGGCUCCGCCGCGUCCCCCCAGCUGCAGCGGCUGCAGGAGGCCGUGCACGAGUGCGCAGACCCGGCCGCGCCCCCGGGAGCCGCCCCCGGCGCGUUCGGGAAGCUUCGCCGCCUGCUGCAAGCCAGGCUGCGGGAACUGCGGGAGCCCAAGUAGCAGCAGCCACGCCCGGUUACAAGGCCCUGUCGCCGGCUUCCUCCGCGUUGGUGUCGGGGGCGAGGCUGUCCCUGCAGAUGCGCUCCCUCGGGUGCCGUCGUGCUUUCCGCAGCGGGGGGCUCCUCGCAGCCGGCGGCGCCUCCCUCGCCGCCCCUGGCCGGGUUUCCUCGCCCUUGUCCGGAGGGCGCCCCCAGCAGCCGGCCCGACCGCGCCGCUGCAAAGUGGGCCAGGGCGAAGGCUGCAGAGCAACCCGGUCCCGCGCGCUUCCUCUCCCAGGACAGCGCUGGUGCCCCGGCUGUGGGAGCGAGAGUCCCGGCCGCUCCUCCCCGUGCAGUGCCGCCAUGUUACGAUAAUGGCCGUGCGAGUGAGUUUGUGUGCACACGAGUGUGAGCGCACGCGAGUGAGGUGUGUGUGCACAUGGGCGUGAGUGCACACGAGUGAGGUGGCUGAGUGUGAGCAUAGUGUGUAUGUGUGUAUACAAGGGAGUGUGCACCUGAGUGAGUGUGUGCACACAUGAGGGAGUGUGGGUGUGUACAUGACUGAGUGAGCAUGUGUGAGUGUGCACCUGAGUGUGGCUGUGCAUGGAAGUGUGAGAUGUGUGCUAGUGUGUGUACCUGAGCAUGAGUGUGAGCAAGUGGGUGUGUGUGUUGGGACAGUGGGCAGGUGGUUUCCCAGUGUGUCCUCCGGGGCUGCUUGCCCACCCAGCUCAGAGUUCCCUUCCUUUUGGAAUUCCAUACAAUAAAAAGAGCUGCAUCUUGAA